AUGGUCAACGUCCCCAAGACCCGUAAGACCUACUGCAAGGGCAAGUCCUGCAAGAAGCACACACAGCACAAGGUCACCCAGUACAAAGCCGGAAAGGCCUCUUUGUUCGCCCAGGGAAAGCGUCGUUAUGACCGCAAGCAGUCCGGUUAUGGAGGUCAGACUAAGCCCGUCUUUCACAAGAAGGCGAAGACCACCAAGAAGGUCGUGUUGAGACUGGAGUGCACUAUCUGCAAGACCAAGGCCCAGCUUGCCCUGAAAAGAUGCAAGCACUUCGAGCUUGGUGGUGACAAGAAGACCAAGGGUGCCGCUCUUGUCUUUUAA